GAUUCGCCCUCCCUCCCAGAGGUAACCUCGUCAAGCAGGGCUCCGGCACAGUCGGUGGAAAAAUGUUGGUUUCAUCUGCUGACACCACAGUUUCAGAUUAGUCUGUGUGACACAAUGUCUGUGUUCCAUCAGCCUGCUCUCUACAGCCCACAACCUACAGACUGAGAAAAGCACACACCUCCUUCUUCAGGGAGAGACAUUGGUGUCCCUGGAUCGAAUUCCAGACUGAACACGGUGACUGAAGACCAUGAGGGCAGUGGGUUGUCUGUGCCAGCCCAGGAUGAGGGACUGAAGUCUGGAGAAAAGCACAAGCCUUGGUUGUCUGGUGGUUCCCGACAGUGACCCCCAUGUCAGGAUCAGGAAGCAGAAGACCUUCAGCACCACGGAGUCGGGGCCUCCACGGAAGAAGAGGCUUCUCCUCCCUGUUUAAGGCGGCGUUGGCCCCUGCGUCGGCGCCGCACGAGACACAGCCCCUGCUCCGGCCCUCCAGACGCAGCUCCCCGCCUGUUGGCCCACGAGACGCCUGCACCGCAUCUUCCCUCAGCAGCAGCAGCAACUCCGGUUCCUACAAGGGCAGUGACAGCAGCCCCACACCCAGACGAUCCAGUAAGUAUUCAUCCUGCAGUGAGAAUCACGGCAUCAAACCCCCAAGCCCGGAGCAGUACCUGACACCACUACAGCAAAAGGAGGUCUGCAUCCGACACCUGAGGGCAAAGCUGAAAGAGACAGAGGAGAGGCUGGAUGAGAGGGGCAUCGAGGUGGAGGACCUGAAGAUGCAGUUGUCACGGAUGCAGGAGGACUGGAUCGAGGAAGAAUGCCACCGCGUGGAGGCCCAGCUGUCACUGAAGGAGGCCAGGAAGGAGAUCAAACAGCUGAAGCAGGUGAUCGAGACAGUGAAGAACAACUUAGUGGAGAAAGACAAGGGCAUCCAGAAGUACUUCAUUGACAUCAACAUUCAGAACAAGAAACUGGAGACCUUGCUGCAGAGUAUGGAGUUGGCCCAGGAUGGGGCCUCUCAGUCCACCUCUGGCUCCCCGGCCAAAUCCCUGACCCGAAGCUCGACCUACACCAAGCUGAGUGAGCGGGUGGCUGACCUCCAGACCGCUGAGGGUUUCCCGGCUCCUCACCACAGCUCCCUGGCCUCCGGGAUGGAUCGUACCCUGGAGGGUCUUAGUUUUUCGGUCCGGCCUGGGGCAUUGUUGGGCCAGGAGCCCGAGGAAGCGGCCUGCAGGCCUGGCCCCCAGCAGGUUGCCCUUCGGGACCAGAGUGUCCAGACUGACCACGCCACCUGCCAACCCGACCUGGAGGUCAUCGCCGAGAAGGUGCUGAAGUCCGGUGCCUGCAGCCCGUGUAGCCUCACCUCGGAAGGAGAGGCUCCGGAGAUCCUCCCUGGCCAGCAGACGCCGGGCACGAGGCUGGUUGAUAGGCAGUCAGCCACAGGGGGGCUGGUGGAGAUCUCGGGCCAGGCAGUGCCGGUGGAAUCUGAUGGCUGGCUGACCCACUGGAGCCACCACUACAUUGUGGACCUGCUGGCGGUGACUAUUCCGGCCGUCCCCACCCUUGCUUGGAUCUUCAGCACUCAGCAGGGUAGUUCUCAGCCCCUCUACAACAUCGGCAUGCUGCUGCGUUGCUGCUGUGUCAUCGCUCUACAUUCCUUGCGCCGACUGAACAACAGUCCACCUUCACCUCGCUGUCCCCGUUUCCCAUCCUAGCUCUACCUCACCUCUGUCCCAGCUUCACCCUGUUGUCCACCUGACCCCCCCAUCACUGACCCAUCAUAGAUCCCACCCUUCAUUUUAUAGAGAUACAGGCCCUUCCAGCCCAUUGCGCCCACGCUGGUCAAUUACACCCUUGUGAUGAAAUAACCUACUCACCUGCACGUCUUUGGACUGUGGGAGGAAACUGGAGCCCCUGGACAAAGCCAUGUGGUCAUGGGGAAAAUAUUCAAACUUCUUACAGACAGUCGCAGGAAUCGAUCCCAGGUUACUACUCUGCCCCAACCAUAGACCUCCCCUGGGUCCCUUUCAUUUUCCCUUCUCUGGCAUCCCCUCCCUAUUCCUUACCCUAACUUGUCCCACUGGGUUCCCUAUCCCAGUCCCCAGCCGUCUCCCCAGUCCCAGAUGGUCAUGAUCAAAUGGCAAGGCAGAAUUGAUGGGCCGAGUGAACCAUCAGCUCCGAUGUCUUAUAGGAUCUCUAUCAUUGCCUAUCCAAGCUCAGUAGCUCUUCUUGAUGUCCCGCCAUCAUCUAAAACCCCUUGACACUCAUUCCAGCACACACCAACAUUAUCUCCCCACCCUUCCAAACAGUACCCCCCACUCCAAUCCUCAUUCACCUUCUCCAUUAUUUCAGAAACAAUUUCAUACCAUUCCCAUGCUCUGAUCUGGCCCCUUUGUAUAAACAUUAACAAUUCAUUCAUACGCCCAAAUAUAUAGAAAUAUGUGUAAAUAUAUAUAUGUAUAUAUAAUAGAGAUAAAUAACUAAUCUAAAGUGUCUAAUGGAUCUUAUCAUCACAAAACUCUUGUGACCAUUUCCAUCAGAGUUCAUUGUUAUAAUUAGUCAAAGACAAUUCAUCAAAGCAUUUUUAAUACGUUUCUGUCAAUAACACAUCUACAAACUGGCACCUUCACUCCGUUAAUGCACUGGAUCAGUUGCUGGCACUUGUUCCCUGUCAUCUGGUGCCGAUCUUCAAUGAUCCCUUUUAACCAUGAUCGAUAUCUGAUUGUAGUUUGUAGACAAUCUCUUCCCACCCUUUUUGUGGCGACAACCAUAUUUAUAUAUUUAUCGAUUGUUUGCACAUUUUUAACAACUUUACCUUUGUGACAUGUUUGCACUUUGCUGUGUUGCUUCUGGGAGGUGGAAGAGCAGGGUUUUUGUACUCCCAGCUGCAAGAUCAGACUUGCUGUGAAUCAUCGCUGUGGUAAACCUGCCAAUCUACUCAAGAAAGGAGAUGGAAUUCCUCCCACAAUAUAUCUCAAUCCAAAGCAAUCUCUGGGCUCCUUCCUUGGCUCUGGCAAGCAGCCAGUGGUAGACUCGUGGCUUCUUAUCACGGGAAUGGUUUGAGGCUUGACAAAGAUUCAGAUGCAGAUUAAUUUUUCACAUGCACAGGUUUCUUAUCCACUGCUAAAUCAGAAUGUUGGAUUACAUUCACUGGGCUUGUUCUCUUGGGACAUGAGAGACUACAGAUGCUGCAAUACAGAGCAGGACACAAAAUGCCGGUGUUUGUGGACAGAAAUGGACAGCUGAUGUUUUGGGUCAACUGUCCUUUGUAGAUGUUGCCUAACCUACGGAGUUUCUCCAGCAUUCUGUGCAAUGUUUUGUAUUCCUGGGAAUAUGCAGGAAGUGUUUUAAACUAUAAUAAAAUCUCAUAGGUCUACAGCACAGAAACAGACCCUUUGGCCCAUCUGGUUCAUGACAAAAAACUGUUAUUCUGCCUAGUCCCUUUGAUGCCCACCUGGACCAUAGCUUUCCUACCCCUGUCAUCCAUAUACAUCCAGAAUUCUCUUAAAAGCUGCAAUCAAACCUUCAUCCACCACUUCUGCUGGCAACUCUCAUCACUCUCUAUGUGAAGAAGUUCCCUGUUGGAUUCCCCUUAAAUAUUUUAUCUUGCACCUUUAACCGAUGACCUUUAGUUCUAGUCUCACCCAACUUCAGUAGAAAAAGCCUGCCUAUCUAUGCCCCUCAUAAUUUCAUAUAGCUCUAUCAACUCUCCCCUCAUUCUUCUACACUCUAGGGAAUAAAGUCCUAACCUAUUCAACCUUUCCCUAUAACUGAGGACUUAAGCUCUGUCAACGUUGUUGUAAAUUUUCUCUACACUCUUUCAACCUUAUUUACAUCUUUCCUGUAGGUAGGUGACCAAGACUGCACACAAUACUCCAAAUUAGGCCUCACCAAUGUUCUAACCAACUUCAGAGUAACAUCCUAACUCCUGUACUCAAUACUCUGAUCUGUGAAGGCAAGUUUACCAACCCUUGCUAACAGGUCAAAAGUGGUCAGGGAGCAGUAAGUCAUGUGAUCAUUCAGCUUUGAUACCCUUGCCCAAGUCAAUUAAUUUACCCUUGGUGAGGAUCCAUUCCUUGUUUGGGAGAUUUAGCUCAUGGGUAGAAAUCAUUUAAGACCCAUGGAAAUGGAAUUGAGAUGGAUUCUGUAGGUAAGAUUGGAAAGAAUGGAUUAUCAGACUUUUUAAUGAAAGUCUUAAAUAGUUGGGGUGGUGGGGUGGAGAUAUGUCUCUACCAAAGGAGGUGUAGGACAUUCCUUCCCUCUGCUAGCCUACCCUUGGGCAAGGUGUAGCACCUGUUUAGCACCCCACCCCCUCCUCUGAUGAGGCUCACAUGAAGCCACAGGAGCAGGUGGUGGAUGGAUAUAUGAGCAGCUGGUGUGUAUCACAAGUCUUGGUUAUAUGACCACUGGCUAAAAAUCUGCUCCUAUGUCUUAUGGUCUUGAGUACUCUUAGUUUAGGGGUAGAAUUUCCCAACAUUCUGUCCUGAUGAAGGGUCUCGGCCCAAAACAUUGGCUCUUUAUUCCUCUCCAUAGAUGCUGCUUGACGUUUUGAGUUCCUCCUACAUUUUAUGUGUGCUGCUCUGGAUUUCCAGCAUCUCCAGAAUCUCGUGUUUAAAAUUUUCUGAUGGGUUGUUUAUAAAUGUUCAGAGAGAAAUCAAUAUACCACUGUUUAAAAUUGCAUUUUCACUAAUACAGCAUUAUAUUUCUAAUUCUUUUUGUGGGAUGUCGGAAGGAUAGCAUUUUUGCACCAUCUCCCUGAUGUCCUUGACAGAGGAUCACAGCGACCCAUUGGCAUUGGUUGUGGUGACGGUGCCAUGUAUUGAAAUAUUGAAACAUUCACCACAGUAGAACGUUGACACCUGGUCAGAUGAGGGUGGCAAGUAGCUUCGAGGGGAGGAUGUGUCCUUAGAAGUUGAAUGUGUUCUUCACUUCCUCAAUCCUAGUGGACAUGCUCAAAUGUUGAGAUCUUCCUUUGUUAACUUGGUGCCUGGUCUGGGAGGCUAGAGAACUGGCCAGAAGAGUGAUCAUAACAUUUGGUAAUGUCUUUGUUUUGUGUUUGGUUGAGUCUUGUUUAUUACGUGUGUGUGCGUGUGUGUGUGUGUCAAUGUUCCCUCUAUUUUUUUUCCAGCUGUGAACAGGAAAUUUUUACGCGGCCUGAGAACUGCACGGCACUUUAAAUGCUUUUUUUGUAAUAUGCAUACUAUGAAUAUUCAGAAUGAGAAUUGAAAAAUCACAUGCUUUUGAUUUUAUUAAUUGAAGAGUAUAAUGAAAUACAGUACUACUAUCCUUUCCUGUCAGAUUCCUUCUUCUCCAGCCCUUGACCUUUCCCACCUAACUGGCUUUAUAUAUCAUCUUUCAUCUAGCCUCCUUCCCCUACCCCCAUCUUUUUUAUUCUAGCAUCUUUCCCCUUCCUCCUUAUUCCUAGAGAAGGGUCUCUGCCCAAAACAUUGACUAUCUAUCAUUUCAGUAGAUACUGCCUGACAUGCUAAGUUUCUCCAGCAUUUUGUGUGUUGCUUUGGAUUUUCAGCACCUGCAGACUUUCUCGUGUUUAUAAAGAAAAUCUUGCGUUUCAUAAACUUUUAAACUUAGAUGGUGUCGGUGCUCAGCAGGCGUUGGUUUAUUAACAGUGAGAUACUAACUUCCAUACUGUGUUUAUUGUUACAAUUUGUAACAGUGCUGUAACUUGAAACACAAUGUAAAUACGUUGAAGCUCUAAAAUGUUUCAAAGUAAAUGUGGUAUGUUUAUUUAGAAAAUUUAUGGAUUGUAUUGAUUAAUACAUAAUUACAGGAUGUUUCACAAUUAUAUCAACAUAAAUUUCAAAAUUAUAUGAACAUAAUUUCAAAUCUAGAUUAACAUUAUUCAAAAGAAAAUUCCAGCUGCAUGGUAACAAAGGCUAUGUGCGUGGGAGAAUUUCAGAUACUGCAUGGCUGCACACUCAUGCAGCUUAGAGGGAACAGUAGUGUGUGUGUGUCAUUGUGUGUUUCUAUGUGUGUGCACACAAGAAACUGGGUGCCAGCUGUUGUUGAAGGUUUCUAUGAAGCAGUCUAACACUGAACCCAGUGCAGUCUGACAGAUAACUGAGGGGCUUCAUCGCUGUUACUGUCUUAUCACUUGUACCACUGACUCUGUAGCAUUGAGUAUCCUGUACCUGAAAUAAACACCUGAAACCUCUAGGCUCCUUGUCUAAGUGGUGCAGAGACAAAAACAUCAAGGUAUGUGAAAUAUUGUCAGGAAACACUAAGUAUAUGGUGAACCUUACCUUGGGAGAGGAGCUGUUAACCCAAUGAUGUUCAAGAUGUUAAUCCUUUUUAUUCUUGCUUCAGAAGGUGUAAGUGUUGAGAGCUUGCCCCACAGCUUCAAGGGGAGCUUCUACCUUGCUGUUAUAAAAUGCAGGACAUUUUGCAGUUGCUGAAAAUCUAGAACAACACAUACAAAAUGUUGGAAGACUUCAGAAGGUCAGAAAACAUCAGUCCUGAUGAGUCUCUGCACAAAAUGUUGAUUGUCAUUCCCCUUCAUAGAAGUUGCCUGAUCUGUUGAGUUCCGCCAGCAGUGUUUUGUGUGUUCUCAAGAUUUCCAGCAUCUUCAGAAUCUCUUGUGUUUAUGAUCUGCUGUUUCAAUGCAAAGUCUUUUCAAGGUACUGUUUGGCUGUUCUGGAGAAGUUUAAAUUUUCCUUCUUCUCCUCUACCUUAUUAUUCUGGCUUCUUCUUCCCACUUCCUUUCCAGUCUUGAUGAAGGAUCUUGGUGCAGUGUCAGCUGAUUUAUUUUUCCCCUCCAUAGAUGCUGCCUGGCCUACUGAGUUCCUCCAGCAUGAUGCAUGUUUUGCUCAAGAUUUCUAGCACCUACAGAAUCUGUUAUGGCUCCUCGCAUUUAAUCUAUUAUCCUCUUAACACCUCACUAUUUCAGACCCUAAAUAAGACCAUAGGGCAUAGGAGUAGAAUUAGGCCAUUUGGUUCAUUGAGUCUGCUCCAUCACUCAAUCUCAUUUAAUUUAUUAUCCUCUCAACCCCAUUCUCAUGCCUUCUCCCUGUAACCUUUGACACCCUGACUAAUGAAGAAGCUAUCAGCCUCUGCUUUAAAUAUACCCAAUGACUUGGCUUCCACAGCCGCUUGUGGCAGUGGAUUCCACAGAUUCACCACUCUCGACUAAGGAGAUUCCUCCUCAUCUCUGUUCUAAAGGGACAUCCUUAAAUUUUGAAGUUGUGCCCUCUGGUCCGAGACUCCCCUACUAUGGGAUGAGGAGUAAAUUCUUUUGCCCAAGGGUGGUGAUUGACAAGGACAUAAAGGGUAAUGGGAGAAGACAGGAGAAUGGGGUUGAGCAGGAUAAUAAAUCAGCCAUGAUGGAAUGAUGAAGCACUUGAUGGGCCAAAUGGCCUAAUUCUGCUCCUGUUUCUUAAGGUCUAAGAGAGUGAAUUUUGGAAUUAAUAUGAGCAAUAUAGUCAGGAAAACUGAUUAGAUUGAUUCCAUAAGGUGCCACAUAAUCAGUUAUUACAUGGCAUUUUUGUCUACACUCUUAUAACUUGGAUUGGAACCGCUAUACAGACAAAAUAAUGCUGCAGCUAAGCCUUAUGGUCUUCACCAGAGUGGGCUUUGUUGUGGACAAUGUGUUAAAGUAAUGCUCAGUGUUAUGGGAAGCACAGCAGUUAGUGUCACACUUACAGCGCCGGUGAUUUGGGCUCAAUUCCUGUCAGUAAGGAGUUUCAUGGUCUCCCUGUGACUCUGCGGGUUUCCUCCACAUUCCAAAGACGUACGGUUAGAGUGAGUGAGUUGUGGGCAUGUUGCAUUGGUGCCUGAGCAUGGUGAAGCUUGUGGGCUGCCCUCAGCACAAUCCUUGGAAAAUGUGGGUUGUUGAUGCAAAACGAUGCAUUUCACUGUGAGUUUCUAUGUGCACGUGACAAAUAAAGCUAUUUUUCUUUGUGUCUCACUGAUCAAUCUGUGGUUGAAGAGAUUCGGAAACAGGCAGACAGUUACACUCAGCUAAACUGGAAGCAGAGUAUAUGCUCAUCCUGUCAAUGUGACAGUACUCUGAGGUUAAAAAUCAGUUUCCUGUCUGUGGAUGAAGAAAAGUCUGCCUCUCAGUGUUAAAGAGACUGAGUUUCUCUAAAGGUUUAUCCUUAAACCAACCUCAACACGACAAGUUAGCACAAUGCUGCUUGUGGGAGCUGUGUGUAAGCUGGUCGCCCUACCUCAUUACAGCAGCAGUUUUACACUGUUAGUGAUCAAGGGCUCUGAGAGAAACCCAAGAACACCACUUUGUAAAGAGUGUUAUUCUUUAUGGCCAACUUCUAGCUUCAAAGUUUGUCACCAGCCUUUUGAGAGGACUAGAAUAUUCUGCUCCUAAACCUACGGUGUAAGAUGGUGCACAAGGUAAGGGGAUAUCACAAGGUGCCACAUGAAUCAUAUAUAUGUAUUUAUUUUUAUUUAUUGAGAUACAGUGUGGUGGAACAUGCCCUUCAAGCUGUAUUGCCCAGCAAUAACCCGAUUUAACCCUUGCCUAAUCACAGGACAAAUUAACCUACGGAUAAGUCUUUGGAUUGUGGGAGGAAAUUGGAGUCCCAGAGGAAACCCGUGUGGUCACAGGGAGAAUGUACAAACUCCUUAGAGGCAGUGGCGGGAAUUGAACCCAGGUCUCCUGUACUCUAAAGCAUUGUGGUAACCACUACACCAGCAGCACUAGUGCCUUUGUCUUCACCAGUUUAUAGCUUGGAUUGGAACUGCUAUGCAGACAAAAUAAUAGCAAACUUCUGUAUAUUUGUAUGAUUUUACUGAUUAACCUGAUGAUCGUUCUGUUGAAGGGUCUCAGCCCGAAAUGUCAAUUGUUUAUUCAUUUCCAUAGAUGCUGCCUGACUUGCUGAGUUCCUCCAGCAUUGUGUGUGUGUUACUCUGGAUUUCCAGCAUCUGCAGAGUCUCUUGUGUUUAUGAUUAACAUUCUGCUUUUUAACUACAUUUAAACGUUACAUGGAAACAGGAACAGCAUUUCACAUGCGGAGAUCCGGAAUCCUUUGCCAAGAAUUAGUUUUUGGUGUGAGAGGAUCAGUCAGCUUGGACAGGUAUAGAAGAGGCCUGUGUGCAGUUUCUACUGAGUGCUGUGAGCCAUUUCCCCCUGCCUUGCUGCUGGAACAGGCAAGUUUGUAAAUGAAUUGAUUCCCUUUCAGUUAUUGCUUCGGUUGGACCCUUUAACUUCCAAAACAGAAAUCCUAAAGGUCAGUUCAAAUGGCCAGUUGCUGGGCCUGUGACUUCAGCUAUCAGGCAGUUUGCAUCACCGUUGAUCAUAGUUCAAAUUGUGUUAUCUGAUUGUGUUCCUUUUUAACUAACAAAUGUCAUUGGUUUACAACAGCAGUUCCCAACCUGGAGUCCACAAACCCCUUGCUUAAUGUCCAUGGCCCAAGAAAGUUUGCAAACCCCUGGUUUACAAUAUGCAACAUUCCACUUUAGUAAAAUUAAGAGUUGUUAACCAUUCUUGUUGGUUAUUGAUAUUUGGAAUAUACUGGCAUGGAAACACCAAUGUCCAGGAACACAAAAGUCUACAGGAAGUGGUGGAUGCAGCCCGGUCCAUCACAGGUAAGGCUCUCCCCACCAUUGAGCACAUCUAUAAGGAGCAUUGCCACAGGAAAGCAGCAUCCAUCAUCAAGGACCCCCACGAUCUUGGCCAUGCUCUCUUCUGCCUAAUA